UUGCCAAACCAAACAGCUUCACCUACAAUUGAACUACAUCAUUAAAACACAUUAAUAUCUGUCACUUACAUAUCUGAUCACUUCUUCACUGUUCUUGGGAUUGGAUUUUGAUUAAAAUGGAGCAAUGUAAUAUUUUAUCAUCAUCAUCCAUUUUAUUAUCAUUCAUGGUACUACUACUUUUAUGUGCAAGCAAUAAUGGAGUAGUAGAAGCAGGAAAAGUUACAGCAAUAAUAGUUUUUGGAGAUUCAUCGGUUGAUGCAGGAAACAACAAUUUUAUUCCAACACUUGCAAGAAGUAAUUUUGAGCCUUAUGGUCGUGAUUUCGAAGGUGGCAAACCAACCGGACGGUUUUGUAAUGGAAGAAUAUCGCCUGAUUUCAUGUCUGAAGCUUUUGGAUUGAAACCGGUUGUACCUGCUUAUUUGGAUCCAACGUAUAGUAUAAAAGAUUUUGCUACUGGAGUUUGUUUUGCUUCUGCCGGAUCCGGUUACGAUAAUGCUACUUCUGAUGUCAUGUCGGUGAUACCUCUAUGGAAAGAAGUGGAAUAUUUUAAGGAAUAUAAAGAAAAAUUAAUCAGUUUUUUGGGUGAAGAAAAGGCCAUGGAGACUUUAAAUGAAGCAUUAUAUGUAGUAAGUAUAGGAACCAACGAUUUUCUUGAGAAUUAUUUCGCCGGUCCUCGACGGUCUGCACAUUUUACAAUCGACGAAUACCAAGAUUUGCUUCUCAGUAUUGCACGGAACUUUCUCAUGGAUCUUUAUAUAUUGGGUGCUCGGAAAGUCUCCGUAGCUGGGUUGCCUCCAAUGGGGUGUUUACCCUUAGAAAGAGCUACAAAUCUCAAGUCAAAGAAUGCUUGCAAAGAAGAUUAUAAUAAGUUGGCUCUAGAUUUUAGUGAAAAGAUUAAGAAUUUAGUAACCAAACUGAGAAAUCUACUUGUGGGGUUUCGACCAGUUUUCUCAAAUGCUUAUGAUCCUAUUCUAGAAGCCAUUCAGAAGCCUGAAGUUUUUGGACUGGAGACAGUAGAAGUUGGAUGCUGCGGCACCGGAAUAUACGAGAUGGGUGUUUUAUGCCAUGCAGACAACUCCUUAUCGUGUACAGAUGCAACCAAAUAUGUAUUUUGGGACGCAUUCCAUGGUACCGAGACACUGAAUCAGAUCGUGACCGAUUACUUGUUGAAAACAAGCCUUGCUGAGUUCGUAGGAGAAUCUUGAGAUUUAUAAAUUCUAAAACAUUAUAUGGAAUUUUCAGGUUUAUAAUUUCCGGUGCACAUGUGCCCGAUGAUAAAAUGUAUUAUAACUCUACAUCCAUAAGGAGGUUUGGUUGACGUCCAUUCAAAAUGGCAUAACAUAUUCGUGCAUUCUUGUCUCUUC